GCCCUCUGCUCUAGCCCGCGCCUCCUCCCAGGGCUGUGCGGGGGAAUGGAGGCCGGGACCGCGGUGGAGCUCUGGGGGCUGCCCCCCGACGUGCCCGAGGAGCUGCUCACGCUCUACUUCGAGAGCCGCCGGCGCUCGGGCGGGGGCCCUGUGCGGGGCUGGCAGCGGCUCGGCCGCGGGGGCAUCCUCACCUUCCAGGAGCCUGAAGACGCCGCCCGGGUCUUGGCCCAGGCGGAGCACCGGCUGCUGGGGGCCCGGCUGGGGCUGCGGCCGGCCCCGCCCCGCGCGGCGGCCCGCCUGCUCCUCCAGGGCCUGCCGGCGGGCACGGCUCCCGCGCGCCUGGAGCAGCACGUGCGGGGCCUGCUGGGCGCGGCGGGGCUCCCGGAGCAGCCCUGCCGCGCCCUGGCCAGCCCCCGGCCGGACCGCGCCCUGGUGCAGCUCGCGGCGCCCCUCUCCGAGGCUGCGUUCGCUGCCCUGGCGGCGGCGGCCCGGGCGCGGGGCCUGGACGGGGCCCCCGUGUCGGUGGCCUGGGUCCCCCAGGCGCGGGCGGUGCGCGCGGUGGCGGAGGCGGGCGCCGCCCCGGUGGACCCGCUGCUGCUGGAGCUGUACCUGGAGAACGAGCGCCACAGCGGGGGCGGCCCGCUGGAGGGCGUGCGGGGCGCGCGGGGCGCGCGGGGCGCCGUGGCCGUCUUCCGGCAGUGGCAGGCGGCCGAGCGGGUGCUGCGCCGGGAGCACCGGCUGCAGGGCGCCAGGCUGAGCCUCGUCCCUCACUACGACGUCCUGGAGCCCGAGGAGCUCGCGGAGGACGCCGCCCCCGACGGCCCCGCCCCCCAGGGGCCCCCCCAGGCCCGGGGGCAGGCGGAGCCCCUGGACGCCGCGCCGUCGGGAGCCUCGCCGAGGACGGAGCCCGCGGGCUCUCCAGAACCGGCUCUGCGGGACGGCCCGGGGCCUGGGGGGUCGCCCGCUCGCGAGGGGCCCCCAAGCCCGGGGGCGAUGGGGUCUCCGGCGGGGCGGGGGGCCGCGCGUCCGGCGCCCGUGGAGCCCGCGGGACGGGUGGGCCCCGGAGGCGGUCCGGCCGGGGCCGGGGAGGAGAGCCCGGGGCCCGGGGCCCCACUGGGGCCGGAGGACCCCGCAGAGCUGGUCCUGACCAUGGAGCCCGAGGCGCUGCGCUUCCUGCAGCUCUACCACCAGGACCUGCUUGCCAGCCUGGGAGACGUCGCCCUCUUCCCCCUGGAAGACAUGGACGUGGCUGGCUUUCGGCUCUGCGGAGCCCAGGCCCCGUGCCAGGCGGCCCAGGAGUUGCUGCAGAGUCUGCUGGGCGGCCUGAGCCGCUACGUGCUGCGCCUGAAGCUCCCGGGCAGCGCCCGGUUCCUGCGCGGCGGGGAGGGCGGGCGCCUCCUUCGCGGCCUGGAGGCCCGGUUCCAGUGCGUCUUCGGGACCGAGCGUCUGGCCGGGGCCGCUCCGGACACGGACCCCGAAGAGGCUGAUCCCGACGAAGCCCUGUGGGUCCUCCCUGGCCACAGCCAUGCCCCGCGCCCCGCACUCAGGAGCUGGGAGAGCACGAGCGUGGAGGAGGUCGGAGAGUGGCUGGCCACCUUGGAGGACUGGCUGCCCCUGGAGGUGGGGGAGGAGGAGUGUGAGGAGGACUCGGUGUCGCCCAGCCCCCGCGCCCCGGGGCAGCUGGAGGAGGAAGCCGCCCUGCAGCUGGCGCUCCACAGGUCGCUGGAGCCUCAGGGCCAGGCGGCCCAGCGGGCGGAGGCCGCCAUGCUGCGGCAGGCCCUGGCCCUCUCGCUGCUGGAGCCGCCCGCGUCAGAGCCGCCGGAGCCCCUGGACGGGGCGUCCGACGGCCGCACCCAGCUGGUGGUUCACGCGCCCUUCGAGCAGGACAUGGAGGAGUUGGAGCGGGCGCUGGUGACUGCCUUGGAGGGCCAUCUCGCGGAGGAGACGGUGGGGGCCCCGGGCCCCGGGCUGCCCGCAGAGCUUCGUGCCCGCCUGGAGCGGUACUAUGGCGUGAGUGUGGCCUCGCGGGGCGACUGCACCGUCCUGCGCGGCUUCGGGGCCCAGCCUGCCCGGGCCGCUCGUCACGUAGCUGCACUGCUCGCUGGGCCCUGGGAACCUGGUGUGGCCCUUCCCCCGGCGGCCUCGGACACGGCUGCGCCGGCGCCGAGGCCGCAGGGCCCCCUGGGAGCGCUGGAGGCCCUGGCCCAGAGCUCCGAGGAGUUCCAGCAGGUGGUCCAGGCCUUCUACGACACCCUGGACACCGCCCAGAACAGGGUCCACAUCGUCCGGGUGGAGCGCGUGCGGCACCCGCUGCUGGAGCAGCAGUACCAGCUGCAUCGCGAGCGCCUGUCCCGCCGCUGCCAGCGCCCGGCGGAGCGGGUCCUGUACCACGGCACCACGGCCAGCGCCGUGCCCGACAUCUGUGCCUACGGCUUCAACCGGAGCUUCUGCGGCCGCAACGGCGCGCUCUACGGCCAGGGGGUGUACUUCGCCCGGCGCGCGUCGCUGUCGGUGCUGGACCGCUACUCACCCCCGGACGCCCGCGGCCACAAGGCGGUGUUCGUGGCUCGGGUGCUGACCGGGGACUACGGGCAGGGCCAACGCGGCCUGCGGGUGCCCCCGCCGCGCGCCGCGGGCCACGCCCUCCCGCGCUACGACAGCGCCGUGGACUGCGUGCAGGACCCCAGGAUCUUCGUGGUCUUCCACGACACCCAGGCGCUGCCCACGCACCUCAUCACCUGCCGGCAGGGCCCCCCGCCCGCCCCGGGGAGCCCCCCGCGCCCCGCCCCGGACACCUGACCCCAGGCCCGCGCCGCCC